UCUGUCCCUCUCUCUCCCCCUCUUCCCCCCCCCCCCAGUAAACUGUAGCUCGAGGCUCAUCGUGUUAGAGAGAAUUCUUUUUCGAACUUUUUCCUUUUGUCCAAUACAGAAAUACUUUAAUAAAAUCAGAGAUCCACGGCUGAAGACUGAAGACUUUUUAAUCCAUAAAAUAAUGAGAAAAUAACCCUCGUUUCUUUGUUUUUGUUAAAUUGUGAGACUUUUCUAGCCGAACUGACAUUCUUCCAGAUUCUGACGUCACUGUGAAGAGAGGCGCAGAGAGCGCGCGCUACUUCCUCUUCGUGGAGACAGAGGCGCGAGGACUCGGGCACGAUGUUUGACUCUUUGCUGCUGCUGUUGCAGAAAACUCUCCUGUUCGCGCACUGGGACUUUUUCCGCGUCGUGACCUCGAGAGCCGACAAGCCGAGGCAGACGGAGAGGACGGAGCGCACGGGGGCGGAAGUCACGGCGCAGCUCGAGCGCGGAGAUCUGCUGGAAGUUCCCCGCACGCUCUUCGUGCACUUCGGCAUCUACUUGGGCGACGGGAAGGUGGCACACCUCAUCCCCGACAUCCUCCCGCUGCUCACGCGCGAUGAGCUCCGGGUCCGAGCCGUAGUGAGCAAUAAGCGGCUGUUGCUGGGAGUGCUGUGCCGCAGAGCCGCCGUGAGAGUGGACACGCUCGAGGACUUCGUGUACGGGGCGCGCGUGCUGCUCGUCAACGCCAUGGACGGUGUGCUCGGUGUGCGGCCCGCGCCGAAAGAGGAGGUCGCGCGCACGGCGGAGAAGCUGGUCGGCGCUGUCCGUUACAGUCUCCUGUGGAACAACUGUGAGCACUUCGUCACCUUCUGCAGAUACGGUACCGGGGUCAGCCUGCAGACCGACAAGUUCUGUGAGUGCCUGAAAUCUGUUAUUUGUGAUCAGAGGAGUGUCCUGGUCACUGCGGUCAGUGGGCUGUUUUCCAUAUUGUUCCUGGGAUUGUCCUCAUCCACAGCACUUCCACUCCUCCUCAUGUCCUUCAUCCUCUGGAUGGCUGGAUAAGAGAAUUUCAUCAUCAUCAUGUCUCCAUCAUCUGUGUUCAGUUCAACACAGGUGUGUGUGUGUGUGUGUGUGUGUGUGUUGUAGUGAUAUAUCACUAAACUCUACUGUACUGACAGUGACUCAGUGCUGCUCUCACAUGUUUAUAGAAGUUUAACAGUUUUAUGUUAAUCAUGUAUGUUUUUCUACUUCAGUUAACAUUAAUAAAUGUUUCAAACAGA